AUGGGCAACGAGCAGAGCGCCUCCGACAGCCAGAGGACCUCGUCAGCCCCGAGUCCCGGAUCCCCACCGCCACCCGGGAGCAGCCGGGACGCACAGAGGAAGCCGGAGGAGCAGCCCAGCGCCGCGCACGGAGCCGCCUGCACCGCCCCUGAGGGCGCGGCUGGCCUGGACCCGGGCGUCCCGUUUCUGGAGGCGACGGAGCGGAGAAAGCACACACAGGACGCGGGGGCCCCCGGCGGCUCUCCCCGGCCAGUGUCCCAGGAGGCAGAGGGCACCGCCCACCCCGGGCACCAGGCCGAGGGCCCCCCAGAAGCUCACGCCCGCAGCCCCCCCGCGGCGCCUGGGGACUGGCCCCUCGCUCAGCGCCCUGCGACACAGCCUUCUCCCGGUGCCCAGGGAGACGCCCCGGAGCCCGCCCCUCUGGGGGGCAGCCCUGCCCGGCGCGGGGCGGCUGCCUCUGGCCCCGGGGCCGGAGGGGAGAGCGGCCUGCAGGAGGAGCGGCCGGAGUCGGAGUCAGAGGUGGCCUUGGCCUCCCUGGGUUCCAGCGAUCAGGCGCCAGGACUGUGGGCAGCGCCCCCCGGAGGGCGGAUGGAGGGGGCGCCAGGGGCCGGGGGCGCAGGGCCGGAGGCGGAGACGGUAGAUGGCAGCGACACUCAGUGCCCCGUGAAGACACGGGCGCCCGGAGCCUCGCCCCGUGAUGCCAUCGGCAUGGCCACGGGGGGCCCACCCGGGGGGGCUCUGCUCGUGGGCACCCGGGAGCCACGGCCCCCGGGCCCGCCCGCCGCCCAGGCCCCCGUGGCCGCAGAGGAGACGGCGUCCGGCCCCGACGUGCCCGCGCUGACGGAUUCAGCCAAAGAGCCCGCAGACGCCGCGUCGGCCAGACGGGAGCCCCCGGCGGAUCCCAGCGGCGUGGGGGACGGCCCUGCCCGUGCGCCCCAGGAGGAGACUGGGGGGCCCUUGGACCCGGAGCAGAGCCACGAAGCCCAGCAGGGGGCGCCGCCCCCGCCCCCCAGGGCAUUGGACGAAGGCGCCAGCCAGUUGCCGGGGCCACGGGACGAGGCCACGGCCCCCGAGGGCCCAGGGGCGGCCGAGCGGGGAGGCAGACCGCCUGGGGCCGAGCCUGGGGGAGAGGAGCCGGGCCCGGAGCCUCCUGGUGGGGCAUGUCCCAGGGGCCUGGGGGGAGUGCAGACCCAGGCCCUCGGCCGCAGGCCUGACCCGGAGACGGAGGAGGAGGCCUCCGAGGCGACCGGUGACGGGAGCCAGCUCCUCGCGGGCAUGGCCUCCGCUCGGCCCGGCGGCCAGCAUGGCCCCGGGCCCUCGGACAGGCCGGGGUCUCCGUCAGCGGCCGCAGCUCGCAGCUCGGCCCCGGCCCCUGCGGCCCACGCCCCCUGCUCUCCGGACGGGCCCCCUGAGCAGGGCCCCGCCACGCCCCCCGGGCCGGAGGGAGCCUGGGAGCACGUUUCGGGGGGACAGGGAGGAGCGAAACCGGGCCCCCCGUCCCCGGCUGCCCUGGAGGGCGCCCCCGGAGCCCGGGAACAGGGGAGCCCGUCGGAAUCGAAGACGGGGAGCUCCCCAGCCCCCCCGCAGCCGGGCCACGACCGGGAGGAUUUGCUGACCGGCCCUCAGCCCCCUGCCCCGGGGCCCGAGGCGGCCGGACGGGGAGCCCCAGCCGCAGGGCCACAGCCCCCCAACGGGGAGAGCGGGGCUGCGGACCUGCUCAGACCGGGACACAGCCAGCAGGACAGCCCGGCCCGGCUGGGGCCCCCGGCAGCCCCCCGGCAGCCAGGCCGGCCGGGGCCCGACGCCGCUGCCCCUGCGGAGCCCGGGGAGGAGGCCUCUCGGGGGGACCCAGGCCCUGCGAUCCUGGCUGCGGCCCCUCCCCUGACCCCCGCGCCCCGGGCCCCGCAGGAGGAUGCCAGCUCGUCCGCCCGCCCAGCAGAGGGGCCGGCCCCCACGUCGGAGCCACAGAGGGAGCUCCCCCCCGGCGGGCUCCCCGGCUCCCCGUGUUCAGGCCCCGGGGACUCGGAGCCGGAGAGACCCGUGACGGAGCGGGCAGAGCAGGAGCCGGGCGCACAGGAGGAUGAGGCUGGCAGCCGGCGCGGAGCGGCGUGUCCGGGCGGCGCGGGCGAGUCUGCAGCCGCGGAGGCCCGGCCCCCGGGCCAGGGCGAGGGCAUGGCACCCGGGACAAGUGGGGACUCGGCGGGCGCCCCGCCUCGUGGGCCUGACUCAGGAGCUCCAGGGGGUGCAGCGCCCGCCCGCCUCGGCCCUGCACCCACAGGGGGCGCCCCGGCACCCGCCCGCCCCGGCCCUGCACCCACAGGGGGCGCCCCCGAGAGGGCAGUGGGGGGUGAACCCGGGGACGGCACCCCACGGCUGGAGGAGGCGGACGCGGAGGCCCUGGGCCGGCCUGGACGCCGCCCGCCCGCAGAGGACUCAGGUGUGGACGGUGCGGCUGCCCGGGCCGCUGGGGGCGCUGACAGAGGGGACUCAGGGACGCAGAGGCCUCCAGACCAGCCAGGAGGGGGCGCUCUGAGCAGUGGCGCCCUUCAGCCUGAGCAGCCGCCCUGCCCUGGGGAGCAGGCUCCUGCUCCUGCCCCGCACGAAGCCAGCCACACUGAGCUGCCCUCUGCCAGCACCAUGGACACUACCGUGGCCCAGGUGGACACUCUCAUGGCCCAGGUGGACACUCCCGUGGCCCAGAUGGACACUCCCAUGAACAGCACCAUGAAUGCUCCCGUGGCCCAGGCCCAGGUGGACACUCCUGUGUCCCAGGCCCAGGUGGACACUCUGAUGGCCCAGGUGGAUAUUCCUGUGAACAGCACCGUGGACGCCUCUGUGGCCCAGGUGGACAUUCCUGUGGCCCACGUGGACACUCCCGUGGCCCAGGCCCAGGCGGACACUCCCGUGAACAGCACCGUGGACACCCCUGUGGCCCAGGUGGACGCUCCCGUGGCCCAGGCCCAGGUAGACCCUCCUGUGAACAGCACUGUGGACACCCCUGUGGCCCAGGUGGACACUCCGAUGGCCCAGGUGGACGUUCCUGUGGCCCAGCUGGACGCUCCCGUGGCCCAGGCGGACGCUCCUGUGAACAGCACCGUGGAUUCCCCUGUGGCCCAGGUGAACACUCCGAUGGCCCAGGUGGACGUUCCUGUGGCCCAGGCCCAGGUGGACCCUCCCGUGAACAGCACCGUGGACGCUCCCGUGGCCCAGGCUGCUCCCAGUCCAGAGCGGCUCCCGCCUGCGGUGACCCCGACUGAGGCUGCGCGGGACGCCCCUCCCCGGCAUGCGGACGGCGCCCCCGGGAAAGGGGCGGGAGACGGGCCCGGCGGGGAAGGCCCUCGCCCCGCAGUGGAGCCCCCGGCGGCCUCGGGAGAUGCUGCCUCCGCCUCCCGGACGCCGGCUGCCGCCCCCCUCGCCUCCCCCUCGCAGCCCGGGGCGGCCGGGGCCUCCGAGGGGCCCGGGGACCCCGCGCCCGCCCUGGCCAGCACGCCGCCCCCCGCCCGCGGCGAGCAGAGGACGGGGGAGGGGAGCGCAGCCCCCGGCGCCGGCCCCCCGGCCCCCGUGGUCCCCGUGAGCCCCGGCCGUGAGCGGGGCCCCGAGCGCCACGGGGACCGGCCGGGGGGGCCGCCCCGGGACCCCGCCAGCCCCCGGCAGAGCGGCCCCGCCCCCGGGCUCCCCGACUUCAGGGAGCACAUCACCAAGAUCUUCGAGGCGUCCGUGCGCGGAGCCCCGGCCGACCGGCCCCAGCGCCCACCUGCCCCUGGGGACAGGGCGGGGGCCCCCAGGAGCAGGGGCGGCAAGCACCCCGACGGGCUGCUGAGCCCAGGGAAGCUUCCAGAUGGGACUCCAGCCGCGGCCCCGGCCCCUGUCCCCGCCCCACCGGCCGGCCUCCGCGUGGCGGACGCAGAGAAGCGGGAGCAGGCGCUGGCCGUCGAGGCCGAGGCCCCCCACCCGGUUCCCCAGGAUCCGGCCACAGAGCCGCCGCCCCGGCCGGCAGGGACGGGCAUGGGGCAGGACCUGCCCGGGGCCCGGGCCGGCGAGGCAGUGACUGGGCACCUGCCGGUGCCUAAGGACAAAGAGCGGCCGGAGGGGGGCAGCGGCCGGCAGGAGGCCCCGGUGGAGAAAGCUGCUGGCCCGCAGGCGGCCGCCUGGAGCCGCAGGGAAGGGGACUCAGACCCGGACGACGGAAUUCCUGCUGGAGGACAGCUCGGGCCUCAGGCAGAGGGCGCCCAGGGCCCUGCCCCGCCAGGAGCUCCCGAGGACCUGCCCUCGCCCACCUCUGCCCUGAGUGCCCCUCCUCCCUGUGGCCCGGGGGCAGGAGGUGCCGGGGAGCCAGAGGGCGCCGCGGCUCUGGGCACAGCUGAGAUGGGAGCCGGUGCCAGGAGCGUGCCCUCUGGAACGGCUGCCGCCUGGGGACCGCCUGGUGGCCCGGGCAGCUCCGAGGGGCCCCAGCCGCCCGCGCCCGAGCGGCCCGCUCCCCCGGGGGCCCGGACAGCAGGUGCCGCCUCCCCUCCGGAGCCCGAAGAAGCCGGGGACGCCCGCCCGGCCGCCCGCGAGCAGAGGAGCUCUGACUCGGAGGAAGCCUUUGAGACCCCGGAGUCCACGACCCCCGUCAAAGCCCCCCCAGCCCCGCCCCCGCCGCCCCCCGAGGUCGCCCCGGAGCCCGAGGCCAGCGCGCCCCCCUCCCCGGAGGAACCAGGCGGCGGGGAGCCGGCCCCCGGCCCCGAUGGCCCCCCGAGCGUGCUCCCCGUGGACGGCAGCCCGCUGCGGCCGCCCGCCCACUCCUGCUCUGCCGUCUUCGACGAGGACAAGCCCAUAGCCAGCAGCGGUGCCUACAACCUGGACUUCGACAGCAUCGAGCUGGUGGAGCCCCGGCCCUCGGACCCCACGGCCUCGGAGGGCCCCCCGGGCGCGCAGAGGAGGGCCCCGGGCCCCGGGCCCCCCGCCCGGGCCGCGCUGCCCCGCUCCCUCAGCCUGCAGGCCGGGGACCUCGAUGGUGCUGCCGGCCCGGCCGACGCCGACACCGAGGCCGCCGCCCCCGAGGCCAGCAGCGACUGCGGGUCCCUCAAGCGGACGAAGAGGCCGCGGCCGCCGUCCCUGAGGAGGAAGCAGCCCCCGAAGAGGCCCCCCGAGGCGCCCCCCGUGCCCGAGGCCCCGCCGGCCGAGGAGGGCCCCGGGCCCGGCGAGGAGAGCGGGCCCCCCGGGACCCACAGGGAGCCGGCGCCCCCGGAGGCCCCCGCCCCCGCCCCCGCCGAGGAGGCCCCGCUGGAGCCCGCCGCCCUGCACCCGGCCGCCGGCCCCGCAGACACGGCGGGCACGGACACGGCGGGCACGGACACGGCAGGCACGGACACGGCAGACACGGUGGGCACGGACACGGCAGGCACGGACACGGCGGGCACGGACGGGGCCGCCCCCCCUGCAGGGGGCAGCGUGCAGAACUCACCCCCCACCGGCAGGAAGGCGGCCCCGGCUCCGGCCCCCGAGGCGGCGGGGGUGACCCUGGCAGAGAGCGGGCCCCCCGAGGACGCCCCGGCCAGAGGGGGGGUGCGGCUGGAGUUCGACUACUCGGAGGACGGCGGGCCCGAGGCGGCCGCCGCCAGGAAGCCGGGCCGGAAGCCGGGGGCCAGGAUGCCCCUGCGGCGGCCGAAGGCGAAGAAGGGCCCCGAGCCCGGCGACGCCCCCGCCGCGCCCCCCCGGCCGCCCGCCGAGCCCGGCGACGCCCCGGCCGCCCGGGGCGCCUACAGCUUCGACGCCGACAAGUGGGACGACCCCGACUUCAACCCCUUCUCCUCCGCCUCCAAGAUGCAGGCGUCGCCCAAGCUGCCGCCGCCCGCCGCCUUCGGCUUCCCGCCCGAGGCCCGCGGCGAGCCCGCCGAGCCCGGCCCCGCGCCCGGCUCGCCCGCCCAGGCCCCCGCCUCCUUCGAGAUCCCCGUGGGCGCCCCCGACGGCCACGCCGACGGCGACGGGGCGGGCAAGCCGGCCAAGAAGAAGAAGGCGCCGCUCAAGACUGACACGUUUAGGGUGAAGAAGUCGCCAAAGCGGUCCCCCCUCUCGGACCCCCCCUCUCAGGACCCCACCCCCGCGGCCACGCCGGAGGCGCCGCCCGUGAUCGCCGGCGUGGUCCACGCCACGGACGAGGAGAAGCUGGCGGUCACCAGCCAGAAGUGGGCGUGCAUGACGGUGGAGCUGGAGGCGGACAAGCAGGACUUCCCGCAGCCCUCGGACCUGUCCUCCUUCGUCAACGAGACCAAGUUCAGCUCCCCCUCCGAGGAGCUGGACUACAGGAACGCCUACGAGAUCGAGUACAUGGAGAAGAUCGGCUCCUCCCUGCCCGAGGACGACGCUCCGAAGAAGCAGGCCCUCUACCUCAUGUUCGACACAACACAGGGGAGCCCCGUCCGGUCCCCGCCCACCCGGACGUCCGAGUCCCCCACGCCGUGCUCGGGGUCUCCGAGCUUCGAGGAGGCGGAGGCGCUGGUGACCGCGGGGGCGAAGGGCCCCCCGCCGGCCUCCCGCGGGCUGGCCCCCGGCCCGGAGAAGCCCCCACAGAAGGAGCUGGAGGCCAGGGCCAUGGGCCCCACCGCCGAGGGGAUCGAGAUGACGGCUCCGGAGGGUGCCUUUGCCUCGGCGGACGCGCUGCUCAGCAGGCUGGCGGACCCGGCCUCGCUCUGCGGCACGCUCGACUACCUGGAGCCAGACCUGGCGGAGAAGAACCCCCCGGUGUUUGCUCAGAAGCUGCAGGAGGAGCUGGAGUUUGCCGUCAUGCGGAUCGAGGCGCUGAAGCUGGCCCGGCAGAUCGCGCUGGCCUCCCGCAGCCGCCAGGAUGCUCAGAGGGAAGCCGCGCACCCGGCCGAGGUCUCCCUCUCCAAAGCGGCCCUGUACUCCCGCCUGGCGCCCGCCGAGCCCGAGAAGGCGCCCAGCCUCCUGUUCCCGCCGCCCGACCUGGACGCCGCGCUGCAGGGGGCCCGAGCGGAGGUCCUCGCCAAGGAGAGGGAGGUCUCCGAGUGGAAGGCCAAGCACGAGGAGAGCCGGCGCGAGGUCAUGGAGAUGAGGAAGAUCGUGGCCGAGUACGAGAAGACCAUCGCUCAGAUGAUAGAGGAUGAGCAGCGGGAGAAGUCCGCCUCCCGCCAGACGGUGCAGCAGCUGGUGCUGGAGAAGGAGCAGGCCCUGGCUGACCUCAACUCCGUGGAGAAGUCCCUGGCGGACCUCUUCCGGAGGUACGAGAAGAUGAAGGCGGUGCUGGAGGGCUUCCGCAAGAACGAGGAGGUGCUGAAGAAGUGCGCCCAGGAGUACCUGUCCCGCGUGAAGAAGGAGGAGCAGCGGUACCAGGCCCUGAAGGUGCACGCGGAGGAGAAGCUGGACAGGGCCAACGCUGAGAUCGCCCAGGUGCGGGGCCAGGCGCAGCAGGAGCAGGCGGCCUUCCAGGCCAGCCUGCGCAAGGGGCAGCUGCGGGUGGACGCCCUGGAGCGGACGCUGGAGCAGAAGAACAAAGAGAUCGAGGAACUCACCAAGAUCUGCGAUGAACUGAUCGCCAAAAUGGGGAGGAGCUAA